CUGACUGUCAGUAUCCCACGUAGUUUACCCUGGCAUGUAUUACGAUGGUCCUGACAUGCCAACUGUCGGCAUGGUGGGGGAGCAGAGAGGGUCGAACCAGUUCCUGAUGGAGAUGCUUGUCUGAGCCGAUGGAGGUGAUUUAUCCUUAAACCCCCACCUGCAAAGCUGAAACUGGCCAUUCCCUCGUUGUCAUCAUUAUCCCCUCUAAUGGGCAGGUGGGUAAAACUCAUUUGAAAGUGAGCAGUACAGCAUGGAGUGAAAGUUUCUGAAUCGUGAUGAGCUUUGAAAAUUUCGGCUGCAGGAGAGGACUCUUUCAGCAGGCAAGCCUUCAGUUCCCUCAGGUGUGUCUGUUUGAAACUGAUAAUAGCAAUGGAAGAUUUUUCUGGAUAAACAUAAGAAUGACCUGGAGCAGUGCACAGAACUACUGUCAAGUGUACUACACAGACCUGGCAAGCAUUAGAAAUGAGAGUGAAAAUAAUGCAGCAAUGGAGAAAAUACAAAACAUUACCUCCUGGAUUGGUCUGUUCAACAACCCCUGGAAGUGGUCUGAUGGGCAGGACUUCACAUUUCAAAACUGGACUCUUCAACAAGCAAACAUAUAUCAGAACAAUGAAACCUGUGUGAAAGUAACAAACAAUGGAGACUGGAAGGCAAUUGAUUGUAGUACUAAGGAGCCCUUCAUCUGCUCAAACACUAUCAUGAAUGCAAUCUUUAUAAAUAAAAGUUCAACUUGGGAAGAAGCUCUGGAUUACUGCACAAAAAAUAAUUCUACUCUCAUCAGCAUCUCGUCUCAGGUGGAGCAGGACGCAAUAGCUGCACUGGUGAACACCACCAAUUCAACCAGUGUGUGGCUGGGGCUGAGGCAGAGCCGCCUGUUUGGAUUCUGGUUCUGGAUUGAUGAGAAGCCUUUGAGUUAUGAGCAGUGGGUCAAUGGAUCUCCCUCACAGCUCCCUGCCUCCAGCCCCUGUGCUGUUAUGUCUCAAGCAAACAAUUUCAGUUGGAUUAAUGUUUCUUGUUCAGAGACAUACUCGUUCAUUUGUAGAUAUAAAUAAAACAUAAUAUCUGCUUGCAGUGCUUUUAUUUUUAUUUACUUUUACAUAAACAGCUUUUGCCAAUGUUUUACUCUGUUGUUGAACCCGGUUUGAGGCCGUCAUCUCAGGAAGAGAUACAUUAUUGAAUGUGAGUGAAAAUGUUAGAAUGUCAUUCAAUAUAGUGAUGGCAUCUGUUUCCUACACUUCUGUUAAGAUUGGCAUUGGGUGAAGGAUGCCUGAAUAGUAAUGAAUGAAUAGAUAUUAUUCUCAGAAUAGUUUUGCUAAAAGAGUUAUAAAUGAUAGAGAAAUAUGUAGCUAAAUAUGUAUAGCCUUGUAUUCAAAGAGUGAAUUCUCAUGUGCCAUUUAUGUAUACCUUAUCUGCGCAAAUAUUUAAUAAACCAUAUUUAAACUGA